GUAGUGUCAUAUUGUCCUGCACUCCUCACUUUGGCUGACUGUCACUCUCACUUUGACAUUGUCUACACAAUGAAAGUCUUCAGUUAUCUGUACAAGUAUCUAUACAAAGGACCUGACACUGCCCAUUUCACCAUCAAAGAAGACAUUGAUGCCAAUGAGCCUGUUCCCUUGAAUGAAGUUCAUGAUUAUCAGAAAGGAAGAUAUUUAUCAGCACCAAAAGCAGCCUGGCAAAUCCUCAAUUUU